AUGACCUUCAUGCUCAAUUACACAAAUCCAGUACUCGAGUCGGUGUCAGACGCAUUUGCGAUCUCAGAAGCACAUGCUGAACCAUCGGUGAAGUAUUCCGCGAGCAUUGAUCAGCGUGCUGGCUUUCUACAGGAUGAGUUCAUGGCAGAUCUAUUCUCGGGGAUAUUCUCAGAUGUUGAUGAGGACCGGCAAAUGGAGUGUAUUGGCCGGACACAAUCAGUGAUCAUGAUGCCUUCGGCUCCGGUAGUCGAACAACGCGCAGCAGCACUUGUCGCGCUACUCAGAGCUCAACACAACUCAACGCCCGUCGCAUCUUCGUUCCCUGCGGACAAUUUCCCCAUGGAUCUAGCCAAAGCGGUCUUCCUUGGUAACAAUCUGGUGGAGUAUGUUUCGGCUUUCUUCCAUUUCUUCCAUCCUCAUACACCGUUCAUCCAUCAGCCAUCAUUUGACGUGAGCAAAGUGUCUCUGCACUUGUUGCUUGCAGUUGUUCUCGUUGGCUCCAUCUUCUGCACGCCUCAAGAUGACGCCUUGUCUGCUCGGUACUUCUUUGGUCUCGCGGAGGAGUACGUUUUUGAACGCCUGCGUGAAGUUAUCGUCCACGGCAAGAGUUCGAUCGAAGGAGAUACUAUCGACAUCGUACAAGCUGCCGUGCUCGUCCAUGCACUGCAGGUCAACUCCAAUCACGGAGGCGUUCGGUUACGAGUUCGCGUGAACCGGUUUCCUGAGAUUGUUGCUGCAAUGAGACGGCUUAGCUUGUUCAGUGCUGUUCGUACGAAGAGCUCAGAUGGUCGGACUUGGGAGCAACUCAUUUUCGAUGAAGUGAGGAUCAGCAGACUGGCUCAUAGGGUCUUCACCACUGACUGCAUGAAUACGUUGUUCUUCAAAAGCUCACCCCAAAUUACUGUUGCAGAAAUGUGCGGAGAUCUCCCUAGUACUGAUGCGAUGUUCGAAGCUGCAAACUCGACCGAGUACGAGCGAUUGGUAGCUACACCAGCUGACCUUGAAACACAAAGUGGGAGUCUGAAGGACUUGGUGUCAUUAUUUCUCGGCGAAAAUUGGCCCAGGCCUGAUUCUCUGGAUCUGAUUGUCGUCGAAACGGAGCAUCUGAUGAGUCUCAUAUUCGUCCUUCAUUCCAUCAUCUUCGUGUCGCGCACCGGACUCCUCCUGCCAUCGACGCGGCAAGUCCUGGAGCGCGCCACAAGUCGUUGGAAAGAGCUUUGGCAAGUCAUAGAUUCCAGAAACGAUAGUGAAUGGCCACUUGUCGGUUUCGCAAAGUACGCGCUUGAGCUAUGGUGGCUCGCGCAGAAGAUUCUCGAAGUUGCGCAAAGCGGCUGUGUGCGAAGUCUGUAUAUGACCAGCACUCCGACGGACUCGCUAAAGGAGCUUCACGAAUUCAUUCGAGAACACCAGACGCCGUCGUGA